ACUCUCUUAUAGUCACUUAUAUAAAUAUUAAAUAAACAAAAAUUUUUAAUUUUAUUAAAUUUCAAUUAUCUCCGUUUUUUUAUUUUAAUACUUGCCCAGGUCGAAAUUUAGAAUUCCCAAGUCGAAGAUUUAAUUAUUUAUAUUAAGGAUACUUUAGAAGACUAAUACUUAUGUUUUCUAUUGCUACAUGGUUUAAGAUAUCAGUGUUUAUAUUCGUUUGUGUAACUUGGGUUCACGUCCUAUAUUUGAGUUGGAGACUCUCGGAUACCUUACAACGCAAUGCCGCUCACCGCUGACGUUGCUGCCCAACAAGUGCAAGAACGUUUAAGAUCUCUACAUAAAUUAAUAUAUGACAUAGAAGCAGAGAGAGGUCGUAAUGAGCAAUGCAUUGAAUCCAUAUUAAGAGCAGAAAAGGCCAUCGAGUCGCCAUCAAAUACUGAUGAUUCCUCAAGUUCAUCACAGCAGCAAAUGCAGUUAAAAAAUCUCUACAAAUCAGGACUAACGGCUGCUGAGCAAGAAGAGAGGUUAUUACGGGCCGCCUUGUCGCGCAUUUAUGAUAUUCGUGCUAUAAAGAAUGAGAGAAGGAUACAGGCUCGCCACGCGGGCAACAAAGAGACAAUCGGUUGCGGUGCGUUGAUGAAGAUGCUGCUAAGCGCGGCGCAGACGCUGCCGCUGCACGUGGGCGCAGCGGGCGAGCGUGCGCCACCGCUGUGCGGUGCUGCGCCUGCUGACCCCGGACAUAUCGCUCGUCCCGGCGAUGCCGUCGCCGCGCUCGUGCGCGUCUCUGACAAGGAGGAGAACUGGAUACUAGCCGAGGUUGUAAGUUGGCUGCCAGCACAAGGCAAGUACGAGGUGGAUGAUAUAGAUGAAGAACAGAAGAAUCGACAUGUGUUGAGUAAGCGGCGGGUUGUCCCGCUACCGUUAAUGCGCGCGGACCCUCGCACCGAUGAACACGCGCUGUUUCCUAAGGGCGCCGUCGUGAUGGCACUCUAUCCGCAGACGACGUGUUUCUACAGAGCGGUUGUCAAUCGGCUUCCUGCUAGUGCUGCCGAUCCCUAUGAAGUUUUAUUCGAGGAUUCCUCGUACGCGGACGGGUAUUCCCCGCCGGAACGUGUAGCGCAGCGCUACGUGAUUGCGAUUAAAGAAGGCAAGGGCCGCGCCACCUGACCCUACUCGCAUUCGCGCGCCUCCACCGCUCCGUCUUCUUCCGCGCGAUCUUCCCCUAUCUCCACCGAUUCCAUUAUGUAGUUUUAUUACGUUUAUAUACAAAUUUUAAUGUACUAUAAAAAAUAUGGCAGGUUUACUAAUUAAAAUAUAGGUCUUACCGUUUUGUUUGUUAGUUAUAAGUGCUCAGUUUAUAAGAAUUGUAAAAUUACUUUUUUAGUGUGUGAACUGCAUUGAUAUACUAAAUUUUUUAUGAUAAUAAAAACUAUAUAUGAAAUAUAUUGAAAUAUUUCAUGUUUUUAAACAAAAUGUAAAGUAUAUAAAAACACAUGACUAGUUAUAGAGAUCAGUCAUAUGAUAUAAAAAAAAAAAUUAUGACUGCUGGUAUAGAAUGUACAAAGAAAAUAGAAAGUCGAGCAAAUGAGGGAUUUGUUGAUGGAGAACAAAACCUUUAAGCAGCACUGGUGAAUGCGUAUUAUGAAGAAUGGACGUAGAUAAGUCAAUCUUGUUAAACUUGACGUAACUCUGGUCUAUUCAGUCUACUAGAAUAUUUUUAUUACGCAAGUUAAUAAUAAUAAAAUGAAAUAAAUUUUAAA